AUGCAAACAGCAACACCACUGCCCCACUCUCCCUCUUCCUCUUCCCCACCAGCAGACCACCCGCCGCCUCCUCCGCCGCCGUCGUCAUCUCCAGCAACCCCAGACUUCUCCUUAACUCUAUCUGCACAGCCAACCACCUCCUCCCCUUCCACCUCCUCUUCCUCCCCCUCAACUCCCCAGCACCAAAGAGACCUCCGUCUCUUCCCCUGCCUCUUCUGCAACAAAAAAUUCCUCAAAUCCCAAGCUCUCGGCGGCCACCAGAACGCCCAUAAGAAGGAGCGAAGCGUCAGCUGGAACCCUCACCACCUAUAUCUCACGCCACCGCCGCCGACGCCGCCUCCGCCUACUUUUUUCUCCUCCCCGGUGUCGCUCCCAAUCGAAUCCCAUGGAUGUCGGUCUUCGGCUGUUGUCGGCGAGGCGGCCGGUUUCUUUGGGGUCCAUAGUGGUGGCGCCGCCCGCUUUGGUGAUGGUUAUGGCCAGCAUUUAUUUGUUCCUGCGCCGGCGGGGGAUGCCACAGACGGAUGCGAGACGAUGGAUUUUCUUAAUUGGCAGAGGGGAUCUGUUCUCAAUCAAUGGGAGGCAAAUGAGGAUGUUGCAGCCGAUGAGGAAGAGGACUCACAAGUUGAUCUUUCUCUAAGGCUUUGA